UUGUGAAAUGAGAAAAUGAGUCGAACUGAAAGGCUGGGUCACGGACAUGGCGAAUAGUAGCAGUGCAGCUAGUGGUUGAGACAAACACUGAAGAUAUAUAUUUGUCUCUUUUGCAUUAUUCAAGUUAUUACCAUUAUCAUAUUUGAAUAUUGGAUACUAACAAUGUAGAAGUGGAAAUAAGACACUAAGGAUUUUACUCUGGAAGAAGCAAGUGCUGUUCUACACAGUCUCGUUAAAAUUGACGAUGUCGUUUUUGAGUUGCUUUCGCGGAAGUGCUGCAAAAGAAACUUACCCAGUUAUAGACUAUAGUCAUUCAAAUUUGCUUACAGUUCCUCCAGAUAUCUAUGAACAUGCAGUCUCUCUAGAGGAGCUUUAUUUAGAUGGCAAUCAGUUGCAGGAGCUUCCGAAGGCCUUAUUCACACUUCAAAAGCUAAAGAAAUUAGAUAUCAGUGAUAAUGAAAUCAGAGCACUUCCAUCAACAGUGUCAAACCUGAUCAAUUUGAUAGAAUUUGAUGCAAGCAAAAAUGGAUUUUUGGAGUUGCCUGAAAACAUCCGUGGAUUGAAAUCCUUAGAAGUUUUUGACGCGAGUGUCAAUCCUCUUGGGUCGUUGCCAGAUGGCUUUACAUUGCUACUUAAUUUGACUUAUUUGUCUUUGAAUGACACGUUCCUUGAAUUUCUACCCGCAAAUAUUGGUAGACUGUCAAAGCUGGAAGUUUUAGAAGUCCGAGAAAAUCAUCUUACUGCACUGCCAAAGUCAAUGAAUAGACUGGCUCAACUACGAAGACUCGAUAUCGGAAAUAACGAAUUCAUGGAACUGCCCGAGGUUAUUGGAACACUAACGAGGCUGCAAGAGCUGUGGAUUGAUUGCAAUCAAAUUGGGAGUUUACCAGCUGAAAUUGGAAACCUUAAAUUCUUAGAAAUUCUCGAUGCGUCAGAAAAUAGAAUAGAAUGGGUUGCUGACAAAAUUGGAGAUGCUGAUUCGCUUACUGAUCUACAUCUGAUGACGAACCUUUUAACGCUUUUACCUGAGAAUUUAUGUAAAUUGAAAAAAUUGGAAACACUUCGGGUGGAUGAUAACCAUUUAACAAGUUUACCGACCUCUAUUGGAGGGUUAUCAAGUUUACAGGAGCUAAUUGUCAGUGGAAAUGAGCUAGAGACAUUACCUCCAGGAGUAGGCCUGCUACGGGAUCUUGUAACACUAAGUUGUGAUGAGAAUUUCAUUGAGUCACUCCCACCAGAGAUGGGAAGUUGCUGUAAGCUAUCUGUGCUGUCAUUACGGAAGAAUAAACUAGUGUCUUUGCCAGACGAAAUAGGCCGAUUAGCCAACCUCUCGGUGCUUAAUCUCAGUUCAAACGCGCUUGAGAAUUUGCCAUUCAGUCUUAUGAAACUGAAAAAGCUAAAAGCGUUAUGGCUAUCAGAGAAUCAGUCCAAACCGUUGAUUCCGCUGCAGACAGAGUUCGAUCCUGUAAAAGAGAAGAGGUUUCUCACCUGUUACAUGUUUCCCCAGCAUUCUCUUAGCGAAAUCGAGGCUGAAAGUGUAACGAGAUCAGAUGAGAAAAGCUUCCACGCAUCGUUGUUCGAAGAGGAGUGGAGAAAACGAACUUCUGUUAACUUUGACAUUGAUGAUGCUGACAGUCAAGCGGUUCGACUCUCAAGACAACCAACUCCUUACCAGAAAGACAUUCGUGACAAAAUCCAGCACUUCAGGGACGUAGCCAUUGCCAAACAGCAUAUUCAUCGUGGUGAAUUAUCCCAGGUUUACGACAAUCCAUUAAUUUUACAAGAGGAAGAAAAGGCACCGUUGUCGCCAACCAGUGGUGCACCCGUGGGCAAGGAGGGCAUAAAUGGGGCUAGUGAUGACGUCACUCGACAAGAAGAGGAAAGGCUGUUAAGAGACCUGCAGAAUCAAGCCAUAACGCGAAACGAUGAUUUGUCUAACCCCACCUCCCCCGUCCACACGAUGACUGGUUCGCCAAGGUUCCACAAGCAUCGUCGAGACGUCAAUUCGCCGCCGCUACUUAGUCGAAUGGAUCAUUCCAGUUCCAGUACAAACUCAGACCACGACAGAACAAGCCAGGAGAAUGGACACGAGUGCUUUGUGUCCGACGGCGCGCACUUGGGGGAAGAUAUAAAUCCUAAGAACGUAAAGUCUAGCGCAGACUCGGGACUUGGCAGCUCAGAAGUUGUGGACGAACAGCAACAUUGGAGAAACGAAUGUCCUUCUAUUCCGGAGCAAGGUGAAAUGUUUCGUAUUGUGUUGAAGAAGAACCCACACCUUGGAUUCAGCAUAUCAGGAGGUUCUGGUGCUCCACCCAACCCGUUCAGACCAGGCGAUCAGGGGAUUUUCAUUACAAAAAUUUUACCAGAUGGUCCUGCAAAAGGAAUUUUGGAGCCUGGCGAUAAACUCUUAAAAGUAAAUGGUUAUGAUUUUACACAGAUCACACAUUCGGCGGCCGUAGACGUAUUAAAAUCAUGUGACACCGUAGAACUGGUCUUAGAGAGGCCACUCGUCGACGAAUGACCUCUUCUGGGUGGAAUAUUCAGUGGCCUCGUAGUAAUGUUCUUUAUGAAUUUAGUGCAUCGAAAAUGUUCAGAGCGUACAGUCAAUGCCUCUACAAAUAAAGGUUUUUGAUCCCACUUCAGCAGAUCACCCUGUUUCGUAUAUUAAUGUUAUGUCUCGACAGAACUGGGCAAUUGUAUAAAGAUCUUUAAGUCUAUUUUUUAUACACCAAAGUGUUCUCUAUGUUUGAUACGAUUCGCCAUUAAUGGAAUGAUUGGCUGGUGGCACCCAUGCUUAGCUUUUCUGCAGAUAUACAUAAAUAUUCUGUUUGCUGUCCAGCCUUGUCAACUUUCAUAUCAAAGUCAUUUGACAGUUUUCAACUCCGUUUCGUUCUGAAUUCCCUUCUGCGAAAAAUUUUCUGAGAGCCCGAGCCUGCUCCCGUUGAUUGAUUGCUCUACAUUCAUAGAGAACGCUUUGAGAUGAGGAGAUUUCCUGUUUAUUCCUGCUUCUACGUUUUGAAACAGAGUCGAUCUCAGUUUUAGAAGAAAACGUAACACGGCAUUUAUUUAGUCUUCAUUUUGGAUUUAUCACUCUCGCGUUGUUUAAUUCCUCUAAUGUUAUAUCAUGUUCCACAAGAUACUGACUGGAUUAAAAACCUGGACCUUAAAGUAUGUAAAUAAUUAAUAAAAGUGUAGAAAAAUCAUUGAUAAAUUUUGCAUAUACAUUUAGGAAUCACUGUACUAGUUAGUCCCAUAAUUCCAUAGGACAAUGCGAUACACUGAUGAGGCGUCUUAUUUACCCCCAAUCCUUCUUAAUUACUAGAGAAACUGUUCAGAAUCAUCACCAGCCGCAAGAGCCCUUGUGCUUUUCCCGGAUGCUUUUCCCAAGCUACCUUCUCUUGUUCUCUAUUCUUAAAGUCCCUAGAAGCAUUUCAUAGACUCGGUUUUCUGAUUUUCGCAAGCCAUUCUCUCCUUCCAAUGCCAAUGUUACCUGUUCCAAUAGCUAAAACAAUUUCUCUUUGAUACGCAACAUAAAAAUACCCAGCCAACAACAGCCAAAUGUUAGCCAAAUUGCCAAUAGUUUACCUUUAAUCAAAAUUAUCAUUUAGUAGUUUUUAUAGUUUCUAGUUUCCAUCCUGUUAUUUAUGCUGCGGAAAAAUCACACUGCAAACUGAUAUCCGUAAUGUUAUCGAGACAGUUUACCAUCGAGAGCGAAGUAGUGUAAUCUAACAUUUUAACCAGAACAUUUUGUUUGAAAGCACGGAUGUUAUGAUAUUCUUAUUAUCAGUGAUGAAACCUUGUAAAUAGUUUUUGUUGCUGUAUUAUAAAAUGGGCAGCCAGGCGAUUUAUGACUUGCAAGAUGUUGCUCAGGCAGAAACGCAGAAAUAACGCCGAAAUAACGCCGAAAUAACAUAUUGGGACAGCAUAACGCAGAAAUACAAGUUUGUUUAAGCCAAACUCUAUCGAAACCAAGCGGCCUUACGUCUUUAUUCCCAUAAAUGAUCUGCGCUAUGGUGAUUUGUUGUCAAAGCUGUGCUCAGCAAAAAAACUUCCAGAGUUAAAUCCAGAUAACUGUUUGGUAUUGUCCUGCUAGUUGUGCAAUUGAUUUGGUUUGAGGCAUAUACAUUAAUAAGAAAAUCUUUAGCUAAUCAAAAUAGGCCUUAAAUGAUGAUGAGUUUAAAUGUUUUUAUAGCGAAGUAUUAUCAGGUUAGGUGUAUGGAAGACUAACUUAGUCCACUGUCUACGUUCAUAUAUAGCUUAGGCCUAAUUGCGAGAACUGUUCAAGACAUAGGAUUAAAGCAUCUUGCAAUACAUUGUACUGGAAUUAAUUUGUAUUUCAACAUUUUUAAAUUCUUAUUUAGGCCAGUAUACAUCUAAAUAGAGUUAUCUUUUCACAAUUCUGAGCUCUGCCUUGACUUGCUAAUCAUUUUUGUAACAAAUGUGUCAUUUGGGGACUUGCAAAUACGUUGACACAUUCAUUUUUGCUCUUAGACCUUCAUACUUAAGUCAGGUUAGCUUGAAGAAAAAUCAAGUUAGAUUUCUUAGAGUACGAUUAUUUUUCGGCUGAUGCAUAAAGGCCAGUGUUUUUACCUGUGAAAAGAUAAUGUAUGUGUUGUUAAUGAAUUAAUUGUAAUAUAGGCUGUCACCCUUUUAAGUCGUUGUAAGCAUAUUUUCAAGAUUAAUCGACCUCACGGUUUCGCGAUAUAAUUAUUGUUAUUCUUAUUGUUAUUAUUAUUAUCAAUUUUAAUACCCAG